CGCCCCGCCCGGCGCGGCCCGGGGCGGCGGAGGCGGAGCUGGGGCCCGGGCUGGAGCCGCGGUGGAGCGCGGUUCCUGCCACCCUCGCUUGGAAACUCAGCAUAAAAUUCCCCCAGGGGAGAGAGAGAGCAAAUAAAUGCCAUCGACUUAUCUACAACAUUCGCUGGAAGUUGCUUUUCUGUUAAUUAAUACCUGAUGGGGAAACAUGCCCAGAGAAACACAGUCUCAGGAACCCAGGAAAGGGAAUAUGUCUUGUAAAAAGAAGCUGCAGCGCUGGAAGCAAUAACUACCAUUAAGCAAGAGACUUUACAUAAAGGCAGCAAACUCCCAGUAACAAUAGCAAGCCCAGUUAUGGACAGGGCACUUUAUCUGCGGACCGGUGCUGCUUCCCAGUGAAAGGCAGGCAGGAGACAGCGGACUGACCCCGCAUAGGCCACGCGGGUGCGAUCCACGGACCCCGGCAGCUUCUUGCAUCUCUAGAUUUUAUGAAUCUAACAUAAAUGACUUUGGCGAGGGGAAGGGAGGCGUGGUAAAGACUGAAUCUCCCUUCCACGCUGAGAUCUAAGUUGGGAAGAAACGGCCUUUUCUUUAGCCCCCAGGGGGAGAAAAAUCAACACACCGUGCAAAAAAAAAAAAAAAAGAAGUAACAGCAGCAGCGGAGCUGUUUUGAAUGAAAAGGUUAUUGGUCUCAUUUAACGGGAUUGAUCUAAAAAGCCAGGGAAGAGACAAAAAAAAAGGGAGGUAUUGGCCUGCUGCUGCCUGACUGGCAGAUUCUAGUUAACACCUUAUCAGCAGGGCCGCAGACAAAUCCGCGCCUGCUGAAGCUACACAGGGAAAGAAAGGAGGGGAGGGUGUUUCUGUAACCAGGGACGACAGCAGCAACAGUCCACGGAGCUACAGGGAGGAUAGAGAGGGAGGGAGACAGGCGCAGACAGCUCCUGCACAAUAACCUUCCUUUCCAGCCGGCGCACGGGAGAGGGAAGGGCGGAAAAAUAAAUCAACCUGCAGUGGGGUUUUUUUUUUUUAUGAUUGUUCCCAUUGAGAGAGACCGCGAUUUAAACGAAAGCACAGCGCUGAUCGCGGCCGAGCCAGGCAGCCGUCUCCCCGAGCGGGAUAUAGCAGCUCUUUUCUUUGGUGGUUGUUCAUUUGAAGAGUGGGCGCCGAUCCUCCAGGACUGAGAUCCCAGCUUCCAGCAAGGCACUGAAACAGCAGCAGAUCUCCCCUGCUCAUCCUGACCCUGCUGCUGCUGUUGAAAGGAAAAGAAAAGGGGUGGGGGGGAAAAAGAGCCUUGUUCUUUGCCGAGGAGGGAGGAAGGAAGAAGAGAAAGCUGGAAGAAGCAUCCGAGGGUAUCGGUGGCGGUGUGGCUAUUUAUUUAUUUAUUUGUGAAGUCAAAGCGAGCGCCCUGAUGACUCCUCAGUGAAACAGGGGGAGUUUGCAGGGCGAUACAGCAAUUUAUGCACUGAUUAGUCUGGAGAGAAAGCGGCUGGGCCAUAAUGGGGAAAUCCAACAGCAAGUUGAAGCCUGAAGUUGUGGAAGAGCUGACCAGGAAAACAUACUUUACAGAGAAGGAGGUGCAGCAGUGGUACAAGGGCUUCAUCAAGGACUGCCCCAGCGGCCAGCUGGAUGCUGCCGGGUUCCAGAAGAUCUACAAGCAGUUCUUCCCCUUUGGCGACCCAACCAAAUUUGCCACCUUUGUUUUUAACGUUUUUGAUGAAAACAAAGAUGGCAGGAUCGAGUUUUCGGAGUUCAUCCAAGCCCUGUCGGUCACUUCCCGAGGGACACUGGAUGAGAAGCUGCGGUGGGCAUUUAAACUGUACGACUUGGACAAUGACGGGUACAUCACGAGGAAUGAGAUGCUGGACAUCGUAGAUGCUAUUUAUCAGAUGGUGGGAAAUACAGUGGAGCUCCCGGAAGAGGAAAACACCCCAGAAAAGAGGGUGGAUCGGAUUUUCGCCAUGAUGGACAAGAACGCCGACGGGAAGCUCACGCUGCAGGAGUUCCAGGAGGGCUCCAAAGCCGACCCCUCCAUCGUACAGGCGCUAUCUCUCUAUGACGGACUCGUAUAGUCCUGGAGUCCCGAACUGCGAUGUCUGGGGGAAGACUCUCUCUGUGCCAUCAGACCACCUCAGUAAAGAAGCUCGCCUGUCCCUCUAAGGCCUUCCUUUCUGUUACGCGAACAAAGGAUGUGCUUGAAGUGUGAGGCCACCCCCACCCACCCUGCGCUCUCAAUCAGCCGUUCCCAUUUGCCAACUUCCGCUUUUUCAAAAAAAAAAAAACCCAAAAAAAAGAAAAAGGAAAAAAAAAAAGAGAAAAAAAAAAGAGGAGGAAAAAAAUAACAAAAAAGCAGCAAAUUGUGGAGAAUCAGGGUGGGGGGAGGAAUGGUGGGCCGCUGCGUGGGGAGCACCCCCCUUCCCCGCACACUUCGCUUUCCUUUCAUUUCUUUUUUGUUUCGAACGGACCGAAAACGACCCGAGAUUGGACAUUUCUUUGGUAGAAAACCGCAGACUUGAAGGAGGAGCCGAAAGGUACUGCUGAUGCCUGGGAAUUCGCGGCCCCUGCGAGCCCUCCAAGCGCUCACGGUUGGAGUGGGCUUUCACUGCAUCGGGGCGGGGGGAAGGCGGCGGAUAAAAGGCAUUUGGAAAUGAUCGUUCCACAUCAUCCGCAAUUUCAGCAACGGCCCAGCCUGCGUCGCUUGGGAUAAUAUUAUUCUUUUGUGAUACAGUAUUGUGGGGUUUGGGUUUUCUUUUCUUUUUUUGUUUUGUUUUUGGUGGAAAAAAGUGAGGCUUUUUUAUAGACUUAUCUACAUGAGCGAUAUCUUUAUUUAUUUGUCGUGGACGUUGCUGCGUGUAGUCUCGUGUAUGUCGAACACCUAGGCGAUAUUGGUUGCGAGGUUUACACACCUACACAUUAUUGCAGGGGAAGGGGAGCCUGCAAUAGCAAUGAAGCCAAAAAUCUUUUCCGCCCCCCCACGUCUACUGUGCUUUGCCGGCUGGCUGAUGUUUCCGGGGGGAUCACGUAGCUCCUUUUCCUCAUUUCCCAUUUCCUGCCCUUUCUGCUCUAUCCUCUUGAUAAGCUCAGCUCAUUCCCCUGAGACGGAUCUCAAGACCAGAACUGAGCUCCAUCUUUCUGUCGACGAUCUGCAUUUUCUGUUUCCCUUUCGCAUUUCACGUUGCCAUCUUGCCUUUGGUGUAAAGCAGACUGAUGAAAUAUAUACAGUAUCCAGAUUUUUUUCUGCAUGAAAAGUAUUAAUGGGGCCAAGAUUGUCUUAGCUUUAAAACAACUCCUCUUUCUGAAUACACUGGGAAUGUUGUGUGUCCCAUCUUUCUGGGUUGAGGAAGGGGGUUAAAAACUUGGAACCACAUUAACUCUUUUGUAAUGGCCAAGGAGAUUUGGAGCCUGGGGACAGAGACGGCUGGGCGACUGUCUGGUUAGCUGCUUUCAUCGUUUCUGAAAAGAACCAGCAGGGCCGUGGAGCUCAGGAGAGCUGUCUGAGCAAACUCCAGCUUGUAGCUGUUUAAGGCAAAACCACCACCCCUUGACACAGUGCAGAGCUACACCAGAGCUGGGCUUUGGAAGGGAGCGCAGGGCGGAAGGAUGACUCUUGUUUCCUAGGCGUUUGCUCUCAUUUUUCAGUUUUGGAAAGUACAGCGAGGUUUGCUUUCUGGGCAGCACGUGGAGAGGGGAGUCGAGAAGCCUUUCCCAGGAGGUCACGUCCAUUCCUACUGCUCCCUUAUAGUGUCACAACGAUGGGCCUCUGCUAAAAAAAAAAAGCCAGAUCAACAGGAAAUCAGAAAAAUCAGAUCCAGCCCCUCAUGGGGCUGCUCCUUCUUUCUCCUCCCUUUGGCAGAAUGGAAGAGCAGACCAGAAGCGCAAUAGCACGUGUAGACUCUGUCCAGAUUCCCGAAUCUGGAAAGCAGCCCUAAGUGCAGAGAGACGACUGAAGGUGGCUCCACAAUGCAGCAGGAAACUCCUUGUGCUGCCUGUGUCUGGGGCGGUGCACCAUGGAUCCCGGGGACCUUUCCCGACAUCCUUAGCCAUGCACGUGCAGGUACCUCUUGCACUUUCUAGCUGAGGUCUGCAGCUUAGUGGACAUCAGCUGCCACCUGAAUUUGUGGAGGAGGGUGAGCAGGCGUACUAGUGAUUGCCUUCCAGUCUUUCCCAUUUCCCAGGGCUUAUCAGGCCAGAUCUCUUGGCCUCAUCCUGGCUGCACCUCCCUAAAUAGAAAAUUGUGUGUGCAAGAUCCACGUGCCAAUUGACUUCUGGGAUGCUUAGAUUUUAUGGCCUGUGGCCAUCCCUGCUACAAACCCAACGCUACUGAAAUGGUACCCAAAACUUCCAUAGGCUGCAAUGACACCUGUUGGGCUGCUUAUCUGGUUUCCCAUCCAGCAAGGAGGAAAGAUGUGAUGUAACCUGCUCCUACGUUUUCCUGUGUAGUGCCGUGUGCCACUAAUGGAAACCUGUGCAACGGGCAGUGGCUGCUUUUCAGAACCAAAAGAAUGAUUAAUAGAUAGGACUGUGCCUUGGUAAACCCUAGCCACUGUGCCAGGCACUGCUUCCCUUUCCCCUCCAACCGUAACCUUGUGGGGUAACCACAGCAAGCCAUGCUUUGUCAGGCAGCAGCCAGUCCGUAUGGCCUUGCUUUGGCAAUGUCUGCACGCUAGUGAGCAAGUGUAGCUUUCCCCACGGGUGCAAAUAUUCAGAAGAGGCAUUGCCUGCCUUCAUAAUCAGACAGCCGUGACCAUCUGUGCGUGCACAUAGAUUUCGCACAUUAACUCAGGCUCCAGAAACAUCAGCAAUUUGACUUGUGAAGACUAGCAAUGACAGGUUCGUCAGCAGCCACCAGUAGUAAGUCUGUUCUCCCCUGUAGGCUGCACCAGGGGUAACUCAGCAACCCUCAAUCCAACCAGGUCCGAUUCCUUCCAGGAGAAGGCCACAAGGUCACAUCCACAUUAGCGUGAACCCGUCACUGGGAAAACAAUGACUUUCUUCCAGUGCUUUGCAUUCGUGCUCAGUCAGCCACGUCUUACAGAGUGCAGUGUUUUUGUUUUUUGUGAUGGAAACCGCUUGUGCUGCUGUGCAGCGUUACUCUGAUUAUGGGAGGGUGCAUGACAGGCCUUCUGCCCUGUCACAAGCCUUGGAAACCAGGAAGGCUUCAAAUAUCAUGCAGCCUAUUUCCUCUCAUUUGUAGCACACAAUUAGAUGGGGAAACUCUUGAGAUCGUGCUUCAUACGCCAGUCCGAGUCAGGAGGGCUUGAAUCUUUUGAGAGCUCAGCCUGAUUUCUUUCCCAGCAGGACAAUCCCAUACCUGCAGGCGUCAGUGCACGGGACUGGAUCUCUUCUCCCCGAAUAGCACCAAUGUCUCUUCUUUUACCGGGCUUUUCCCGUAUUUCUCCUGAACCUGCGCUUCCUCACUGUCCAACUCCCAGGAGCAAUGUGUAGAGCUAACAGGUCAGCUCUGCCAUUGGCAUAAAUUGCUCUGCAUUACACCUGCUGUGCAUCCAACCUCGAACCAGCAGUCCUGAGCCACGGGCUGUGCUUGGCUGUGAGACGAUGAUAAUUGCAGUAACCGGAGGUGGCCAGAAGUCCAACCGCCCAUGCACAGACCUUACACAACAGAAGAGACCUGAGUCAGGAUGAAACCUAUAUUUCACUUUCAGCACCUUCACUGGGAUUUUCCAGUGAACCUAAGAGAGUUAGGCACCCAAAUCCUUUCGGUACCCAGCUACCCUUAGCUUCUCAUAAAAGCCCGGAUCCUCAAGCAGAGUAACCAUCUACCUGGGGUGACUGCUUAUUCCCCUCUCCCCAGCUUAGCUGGUAAGGCGCUCACUCUUGUUCUGCGACUGUACUCUGUUUGUAGCUACGACAGGAAUAAGACUGACUUGUCUGGGCUGUUCUGAAAAGUCAUCCCCUUUUGCACAUCUCUCUUGCUAGUAAUAUAAAGCACAAAGCGGUUGGAAGUUGCAUGAUCUAUUUUGUUGCUUGUUAAGCGGUACCACGGGAGCUUGACUCGAAUGCAUAUCUGGCUUACUCGCUUCCAAACAGUACUGCCGGCUUUCUUUUUUUCCGAGACCUUGAUGGAUAUGAUUUCAUGCCUCUUAGCACAGAAAGAGCAAUAGCUUUGGGGCUUUGGAUGGUACUUGCAUUGGCAGAGCAAAAGAAAAAAUGUGUUGGAGGGGAGGAGGGGGUUGAGAACUGCAGACUGGAUAUUUCUGUUUCCCCUAAAAGGCAGCAUUCACGGGGGAAGGCCUGAAACCUUGCAGUGAGUGAUUGUAAUCCCUCAGGAUGUUCACCUAUGCUUGAAAAUAUGGCAGGAAUGUCAGUGUCUCUGGUUGUCACAGAGCUUGCUGCCUCGUCGCGAGGGGUCCUGCGGUCAUCGCUCCACCUGAACCACAACUCAGUUCGGGAGCCAACUCCAACCCUGUUCAGAAAAUCACUUCCGCACAUGCUUCAAUGUGCUGAAGUGCCCUUCCAGGAGACUUGCAUCCCUGCAUCAGGACUGAUAUGACAAUAUUUCUGGCUCUUCAGCAAUUCCCGGUCUUGAUAGCCCCUCAAUGGGCCAAUCCUCCACUGCUGUAACAAGUUCCACUGACUGCAGUGAAGUUAUGCUGGUCUAUCCUAGGCCAGACUAGCUCGUAUUACUUGUGCCAUUCCCUUCAACUGGAGCAGGGCCACCGUUUGAAUCAUGUAGAGCCACUGCAAUGACACAAGGGAUCUGAUGGCCUCUUGAGAGAUCUGUUUCCUCCUGACUGCAGUUGGAUCCAUUGCCUAGGAGAUGGAAGGGAGGGAGGGACGGGGUUGGACUCCAUAGCCGCGUGCUCUGUAGUGGUGUAUCUCCCUCCUGUCAAAGCCGGCGGGGCCUGGGUUUCUGCAAGCUGAGCAGUGGCACAUAAGACCCCAUUGAUUUCAUGGAAAACUCAAUUCCCUUCCUUCUUUUAGGGCCAAAAUGCUAUCCUCUUGGAAACUCUGCUGUGCCUCUCCUCUCCCUUACUCUCCAGUCGCUUGCAGGUGCCAGCGGGUGUUUAAAAUGAACUUCUGCAAGUUUCUCUAAUGAUGAAUGACAAACGGUGCAGAAUUUGCAGCCCUCCGCAGGCAGAGGGAACGUCCUUUGCUCCGACGCUUUCCUCUGAAAGGCUUUUAAGUCUGGCAGAGGGUUUGCAUCUUCCAGUUCAUCACAGGGAGGAGCUGCUAUCCCCAAAGGGACGCUGUGUGAGCCAUGCAAAAUGACCUGUCCCUCAAAAAAUAUUGGCCGAGUUGGGGAAGGCUGCCUGGGUUUUCAAUAGUUGUUGCUGUCUGGGGAAGCUGCGGAGAGUCCAGCUUACUCAAGGAAGCAAGGAGUCUUGCAUCAGCAAGACAGCAGAUGAAAAGGGAGUCAUCCCCCUUCUCAGAGAAACCACAAGCUUUGCGUGAUGCCAUGGCUCUCUUUAGCCUGCUUCCUGGGAGCCGCGUACAACGCCUUCAGGAUGGCGCUAGGCCACAUUGACGCAGCCCGAGCAAAGAAACAGUAGAGCCCUUCACCUCUCUCUCCCUUGAGAUGAGGUAGGAAAGAAAUGUGUUUGGCAGGAAGAGAGAGCCCAGGUGGAUGAGGAAAGAAGUGUUGGUUUUGGGCUUAUAAGGGCUUCAACCGACAGAGAAACCCUAAAACGCAGAGGGAUAAAGGCAAUCCCAGUCGAUCCCACUUUCUUUAGAAAUCAUCCCUGUUGUCUCCAUCGCGGCCUGCCUGACCUCUGUUGAAGACCACUUUUGCUUGGCAGUUGAUUUUUGUUGGCCUGCAUUUGCAGCAGCCGCUUUUCCACCUUCCGGACAUUGUAGUCCAUGAACCCAGAUUUGCUGUCGUCCCCCCCCACCCAUCCCUUCUUUUAUAUAUUUGCACAUUAAAAAACAAAACAACAAAAAAACAACUCUUGCCUGACUAGAAAGCUUUUCUUGAUGACUAAAGAGCCUGUCUUGAUGCUAGGUUUUGUAGCAAUGUAAGUUUUUCUUCUUGGACAGAGAAGCCUGUUGCUGGAAGCAGAUGUGCCAUCUCUUUUGUGGCUCUGCAAUAUGGUGUGGUUUCCCUUUCUCUGCAAGGCACCGUGUCCAUGAGGCUCUAGGCUCUGGACCAGACUCAGGAUACCUGUGUGCUCAUCCCGCUCCCAGCUUUUGACUUGACUUAACUCUGAGCAAGUUGUUUAGGCCACAGUCUUGCAACGUGGCCAGCGAUUUGGGAGCCUGGUGUUGAGACGCCUUCAGCUUCACUUGCAGAAGCAGGGAGGACCCUCGAGUACAGGCAAGAACAGCUGGCGCUUCAGACCUCUCCACACUUCUAAAAAUGAGGCAGGAAGCAUCUUGGGUUAGAAAAUGUUGGCCUUAACUUCUGUGUGCCUCACUUUCCCCAUUUUUAAAGUGGGUUUGAGGAUACCCGUCCACCCUGGCAAGUGUUUUGAGCUCUGCCUAUGAGAAAUGCUGUAAAAGCACCACGUAUUUCAUUGCUGUUACUGAUGACCAGGGAAUAGAUGUUGCAGAGCCUACAGAAAAUCAAGUACGUGGGCCCCCUGGGUAACGGAGAGGUCUUGCUUCUGGUUUUGGAAUAUUCAGUUUAUUUGACUAAUUCUUAUUAUUUUUUAAGCUGGUCAUUAUUAAAAAACAACAACAACCGAUUGGUUUCUUCUUGUGAUGUUUUCUGCACUCCAUUUCCAGAGAUGUUUCUGAAAUAAUGAACGAAGAUUGUGGCAGCCAUGACAUUAAAAACGAGUAAUAACAAAAGCGUUAUAGUCAAAGGUGCAUGUCCAGGCUCUGAUGACUUGCAUUGCUUCUUGGCACUCUGUGUUGUUUGUCACUGUCAGUGUUGCACAGAUUAAAAUUCGGUAUCUGUA